CUUUCACUUUAGCUUCACACGCCCAUUACUGUCAUACAGCGGCAACAGUUUGGAAUUAUUUGUGUGAAUGCGACGAUUUGUUUAUAGAGUUCAAAGAGCAAACAACGAACGUUUUGGGCGUCAUUGGAUCUUUUAGUGCAGUCCAGGACGCUUGUGUACAUGGCCAGUGAAUCCUGGUUGGAGUCUUCCCUGCGCCGUUCAUCUAAACUUGGGCAGGAGGUGUUGGAAAAAGCAAAGAGACGAUCUGGUAGCCGCUUAGGUACAAGACUAAGACCAUCACCUGUGUUUGAUCACAAUGAAAGGACCUCAGAGAGAGACAUCAUUCAUUCAAACUUGGACCAUGCUUUUGCAAAAAUAGUGGAGUACAUGUCAGAAACCACCAGACAAUGCAAGAAGUUUUAUGAGACCGUCCACCUGGCUCAGCCCAGUGAGCGAGAACACAUCUGUCGCUACCAUUCCCAGCAGAUGUUGAGGACUGCAGAUCAAAAACAAAAUGCAAGUACAGCCAUCAAACGAGACAUUGGUUCAUCAGAAUCAGAGGAUUUCCUUAUUGAAGUGUCUCCAGGCACCUAUUCCAUCACAGCAGCAAUGCAGGACACAAAGCCACAGACGAAAACUGUCCGCAUCAAUGCAGGAGAAAGCAUGAACCUUACAUUCAACCUCUGAAUGUCACCUGUGUAUUAUAUGGGUGAAAUUCAGUGCCUUUAUUGAGGACUUGCACUAAAAUUGUAAAUGCACUGACUUUGACUCUUCUUGAUUUAAAGUGUUACUGUAUAAUACUCAGGAAUAUUUAUAUUUUUAAUAGUAAUCAUGA